AUGGCAAGCGCAAGAAGCGAAAAGGAUUUCUUUCAGGAUGAAUUAGAAGAAGAAGAUGUGAUACUCACCUUGGUUCCAGUAAGCGAGGAACCUAAUGAACAUCAAAUGGAACCAAGUGUUUCUUCAACCUCAGACAGCAACGAUAAAGUUAAUCUUCCUCAAAUGAAUGAACAAUUCAAAGGUUGCCCAAAACCAAUCCUUCCCUUGCCGACCAAAUUGCCAUCAUUUAAUAGAGUACGUCGCGAAACUUUGCAGAACUGGUGCCAACAAUUGAAUUUGAGUACCGAUGGUAAGAGUGAUGCUGAAACACCAGAAGAGGACACAUUGCAGUCAUGUUCGGGGAAAUUGACCAAGAGAGCAAGGAGUAAGAAAAGUCCUCAGAUGAGUAAAAGAGAGGAAGAGACUCAAGCAGUUGAAAUGAUCAGUACAAUUGAAGUGGCCAAUACACUUGAAGUGGCCAGUACAGUUGAAGUGGCCAGUACAGUUGAAGUGGCCAAUACAGUUGAAGUGACCAAUACAGUUGAAGUGAUAACUUCAGCUCGUGAGGCCAUGUUGGCAGCAUGGUCAAGAAUUGCUGCAAGAGGCUCGCUGUCUAAGACUGCAAAUUCAUAUAAAAUUCCUAUUUCUGUGGAGAAUUUUCUGCUGCAAACAUCUGGUGUUAGGUGGUGUGUGGUCCAUGGCAAACAACUCCUGGCAGACAAAAAGGGUUGGGUUCGUCUGCAGUUCCAUGCAGGUCAGACCUGGGUGCCUGACACUCCCACGAAGAUGAUUUCUCUCUUACUUCUACCGGCCUGUUCUUUCCCAUCCCCAGACCUAGAAGAUAACAUGUUAUGCCCUGAUUGUGUUAAGAGGAAUAAAAAGAUGAUGGAGAAAUUAGGUAAAAUGAGGAGAAGGUAA